AUGAUGCAUCUCAGAAGUUAUAAAAAGGCAAUGUCUAAUAGCCUUAGAAUGACAAGAGACAUAUGAAAUUUAGUAAGAAGAAAGAAGCUUAGACCACGCUGUUUCAAAGUUUCAAAUUGCAGAAAUGGCUUUAGUUCGUUCCAUUGACAGUUCUGAAAUCGUGGACGAUUGUGCAUAUGGUGUUCUUGGGAAAUCUCAGUUUUACGUGGGGUUGGAGAAAUGUAUUGGAGACUUGCGGGGAAUGUUGUUAGACAAAGACGUGUCAGUCGUUGGCGCGCAAUCGAUGGGGGGCGGGGGGAAAACUUCUCUGGCAUUGGGUCUCUGCAAUGAUCCUCAAAUCAAAGAAUACUUCCACGAAAAUGUGGUUUUCAUCACCGUGUCACAGUCACCAAACCUGAUAGGAAUUUUAGAGACUAUGUGGGAGAAGAUUGGUGGAAGGAAGAAACAAGAAUUUCAGAAUUUGGAAGAUGGACACAAGCAGCUGCAGCAAUUGAUUUUGAGACAACCCAAGUCAACUCUGGUAAUUUUGGAUGAUGUUUGGUCUAGAAUACAUUUGGAAAAUUUGCUAUUCGAAGGGCCGGGAUACAAAACUGUUGUAACAACCAGAGACCGUUCUAAUAUCCCCACAACCCAGACUACUAGACUGUAUCAGUUGCCAUUGUUGUGCAAAGAGGAUGCUCUGUCACUUUUCUGCUUCUGGGCCUUUGGACGGACAUCAAUUCCAAGCACUAUAGACGCAAAUCUAGUAAAGGAGGUGCAAGCAGAAUGUGGCGGCCUGCCACUUGCUCUAAAGGUGAUCGGAAGCUGUUUGCGUGGGGAACCACAUGACCUUUGGGAGAGAGCAAAGGAUCAGAUUUCCAGAGGAGAAUCCAUAUCAGAUUAUCACAAGAAAGGGCUAAUUAAAUUGUUGGAGAUCAGCAUCGAUUCCUUAGAUGAUGUAGCCAGGGAAUGCUUCCUAGACUUGGGUUUAUUUCCAGAGGAAAGGAAAAUUAGCGCUGAUGCACUUUUGGACAUAUGGGUUUAUGUCAGGAACCUACAGUGGCAUAACGCUUUUUCCAUUUUAUCAGAUUUUGCAAGCAGAAACCUGUUGAAUUUGACUGGAAAUCCAUGGAGCAGAGUAGCAAUCUCAUAUGGAACUGCCUCGGAGCUGUACUUUUCUCAACAUGGUGUAAUGCGAGAAUUGGCCCUCCAUUUGGGCAGCCAAGACGGUGGAGACCACAGGAAGAGGUUUUUGAUGCCUAGGAAAGAGGCUAGCUUGCCAGAAAAGUGGGAGAUGCUUAAUCAUAGAGCAUGUGAUGUUCAACUGCUGUCCAUUCAGACAGGUCCUAUGGAGGCUAAGCACUGGUUUCAGUUGAAUUUUCAUGAGACAGAGGCUCUCUUGCUAUUCUUUACUUCAAAUGAGUACUUUCUUCCUCCAUUUCUGAAGUCUAUGAAAAAGCUAAAAUUUCUCAUGGUAUUCAAUUAUGGGACAAAGAGGGCAACAAUAAAAGGUCUAGAUGUGCUGUCUUCACUAACUCAACUCAAGAGUGUCCGCUUGCAGAGGUUGAUUGCAUCCCCUGUUCUAAAACAAAGCAAAGAAAUAUCCAGCUUAGAGAAGCUAUGUUUAAGCUUAUGCGAGGGGUUUGAAUAUGUAUCCACAUUCAACAGUAUCAAGCUGCGAGAUUUUAACCUUGAUCACUGCAGCAGCUUGGAAGAGGUACCCCUUAGUUUCUGUUAUAUGCCCUCUGCUCAGAUGUGGUCUAUUAGCAACUGUCAUCUGCUUAAGAUGUUACCUUAUGACCUUGGAAAUAUGAACUCUCUGAGAAUGUUAAGGUUAUCAGCUUUAACAGGCCUAAAAGAGCUUCCAGCAUCAAUUGGAAAACUCGAACGGUUGGAAUGUCUAGACAUUUCAUCGUGUGAGGGGCUAAGAGGACUUCCAGAGGAGAUUGGGCAACUAAAGAAACUGACAGAUUUUUAUAUGAGAGACUGUUCUCGUUUGAUGAGCUUACCAAGAGCUGUUUGUGAGCUGACUUCCCUCAAGCUUGUUAUUUGUGAUGAGAAGAUUGGGAAACAAUGGUUGCGGGCAAAGAACAUUUCUAUUCCAGAGCUAAGGGUUGAAAUUGUUGAGACACACUUUAGUUUGGAGUGGCUCGAUGAUUAACUUCAUUUUACUUUUCAGCGUGAAGCAUAAUUUCCAUGUAACUUGACAAGUACCCUUAUAUGUUUUUAGCCUAUAGUUAUGAUCAAUAUUCGUCGCUUUUUAGGAUAGUAAGAACUAUUUACUGUAUUAUGCGUGCAGACCAACUUAUUCUCCAUCCAAAUGCAUUUCUUUGUUUCGAAUAAAGCCAGGAAGUGAUUUUCUUGUAAA